GUUUUUUCUCUUUCAGCGCUCAAUACGUACUAGGCGACAAUCGCAAUAUUUAAAUUGUGUUCACGCUUUGUGGGGUUCUCGAGUUCUAUAUGUACAUUCAUUUGUCAACAUUCUAAACAACAAAACGUUUCUAGACGGUCAAGUAUAAAGACUAAACCUCAUCAUGGAGCAUGAAGAGUAUGCUCGUGAGCUGGCUGCUCAUUACAAAAUCAGUCCACAAUUGCCUUAUCACUCCAUCAUUGAAGAACUAAAGAAUGUUCUUGAUUCCAAGCGUUCGGAUUUGCAGAAAUUAUACAAAUUGAAAGCUGGAGUUCAAAAGCUCCGAGAUGCUGCAGGAAAGAGUGUAUCUGCUGUCAUGCCUUCAAGCAAUGACUUCACGAGCGGACCCAAUUUUACUGGGUCCAAAGAAGGCCAUACACUGGAUCGGAAAUCUAGUCGAGUCACUACAUCAGCGGUUAUUAAAAGUAUUAACAGUGAUGUUCAAGAUCUUGCGGAGGAUAUCUGUGAUUUGGAAACAUCACUUCUUUUACUAAAGCAUUGUCAACCCAGUUUCGACCAACAAAGUGCUGUGAUAAAGUCAGCCAACCGUAGUGACAGUAUUGAACAACGCCUCACAGAGCUACAGAAAGCGUUGGAUAUAGAGCUGCAGGUUCGCAGUGGGGCAGAGCGUCUGAUCCAAACGUACAAAUCGGGCCCUCGUCAUUUUCUCGAGGAAGCUAGGAAGCAGUAUGAAAAUGCUAAUAAUAAAAUCGGAUUUAUUCGAAAUCAGAUGAUUCGCGUCAAGCAAAUGAAUGAAGGUUUCUGCCAGGCAGAUACCUCGUCCCUUGGAUCGCGUUCGGAAAAUACAUCUGAUACAACUAAAGCAAAUGGCUCCAUAAAUACAUCCUCUUCUGUUUCCAAUCAUCAAGAGAGUUUUCUUAUAUGGAAAGAUAAAGUAAUGGAAUUAGCCCACCGUUUGCGAGUUGAAAGAGCUUUAUUCGUGGGGAGUAAGAAGGCUGUUAAUGCCGUUUUAGACAACCAAAUUCAUGUGGACAAGUCUAGAAAGUUACAGGCGUUACAAGAGGCUCGUGAAUCUCUCCAUAGGCUUUAUUUGUUUCAAGAAUCAAUCAAACCGCUUUUAAAGAGACCUCCACCAACACACUUUCCCGAGAUGAUUUCUUCUAUUGUCGAUGACCCUGAAAUGACUGUACUUUUAUCCUCACCUUGGAGUAAUACUACAUUUCAUGGCAAUAGCUCAUUGUUAAUUCCCAGUCCACCAACUGCGAUCACUGGAAGUUUGGAGGUUCGUUGCUUAGGUUGUCAGGAUAUCGUUGAUCAUUUUCCAGCUGAGAUUGUAAAUAAUGAACUUUCUGGCACAUCAACAUCCCGGGUUCACUCUGUUCCAUCAGUUAUGACAUCUCGCACAUCUGAGAAUCACUGGGUGGAUGUUCGAUGCUCUUUAUUGAUUGAUCAUAAACGUGUAUGGGACUCACCUUGGCGGCAACCUAAUCAGCAGUGUUGGGACUCAAAGACUACAUUUAAUAUCGAUCGUGGCAAAGAACUGGAAGUCCAGGUUUAUUGGAAGCGUACGUUUCUUCCAAGCUCUGUUACCACUCCUUCAGGAUCCUCUGCUUCAUCCAAAAGUAGUUCGUCUGAGGAUUCUGGUUCUGGAUUAGAGUGGGUUUUAGCAGCCGUAAAUUAUGUACGCCUUGAAGAAUUACUUGGUGGCGAAUCACGUUCUGUAAUGCUUCCUAUGUUACCAAUGGGGAAAGUUUUCCUUGUCCUUAAAUUCUCUGAUCCUCUUCUUUCUAAACCUCGAUGCGGCUUACAUCGCCAGAAACGCUUAUUUUCCAAGCGCAAAGGAAACAAUAUUCCUCGUAUUAAUGAACUUGAUAUGAAUAUACCCUUAUGGACUCGUUUGCUUAAAAGCGGUCAGUUAUCUAAAAUGAGUCGUUCCGUUGUUAGUGGUUCAUGGACACUUAGUCAUUCAAAAGAAUUUGGAUCUUCAGGAUCUGUAAUGAUGCAUGGUCUAGAGGGUCGCUUCCAACAGCUUAAUACAUCUCUUAGCGGUUCACCAGUUUCUGCUCAGGCUUUUAAUGGCAAAUCUCAUUUAAAUACUUCUAAAUAUCGAGAAUCGCCAUCUGCCUUCCCUACCAGAUCAGUCAAUAUCACUGAUACGAUUAUUCAACAGCGUCCAUUAGUUACAAUUAUUCGUGAACCAGGUGCUUUACGGGAAAAAAAUAUUACAUUAACUGAAAAGGAAAUAAAAACCCUACGUAAAAAAUCUCUUUUGACUGAUGACAUUAAUGACUACUCAUCGACACCCCAUCAUCAUGCACCUGCUACUGGAAUCGACUCUUCAUUUUCUCCGGACUACGAUGUUGCGCCAGUUAUCAUCGAAUAUGAUAUGGAUAGUAGCUGCCGAAAACCCCCUACUCCAUCCCGUGUUUCAGACUACGCCAAUCCAGAAGACCUUGGUGCUACGGAAAUGAUAUCUAUAGGUCAGAAGGACGUCGAUUAUCGUACUACAGACUAUAUUAAUAUGGAUGUGCAACGAUCUAAUUCUGGUCCCGUUGUAUUAUCAACAGAAAAAGAAAAUAAAGAUGUUCCUACUUCAGAGUCUCCGCGUACUGCAGCAUCCGAAGUUUUUAGUGAAUUAUCAUCAAACAAAUUCACAACAAUACUCAGUAUGAUUGAUUUCCGCACUGUGGCUGUACUUGGGCGUGGUCAUUUCGGCAAAGUAUUGCUAUCUCAAUACCACCGAGAUAAUAAGUACUAUGCUAUAAAAUCUUUAAAGAAGGCGGAGAUAAUCUUUCGUAAUGAGGUCGAUACAUUAUUGACAGAAAAACGCAUUUUGCAAAUCAUUACCGAUGCACAACAUCCUUUCCUCGUAAACUUGAUUGCCUGCUUCCAGACAAAGGAACACGUAAUGUUUGUGAUGGAGUAUGCACAGGGUGGUGAUCUCAUGUCACUUAUUCAAAAAAAUGUGUUUAAAGAACCUCAAGCUGUGUUUUAUGCUGGAUGUGUUGUUUUAGGUAUCGAAUUCCUUCACUCAAAAAAAAUUGUUUACCGAGAUCUGAAACUGGAUAACUUGUUGUUGGAUUCGGAAGGUUUUGUAAAGAUGGCUGAUUUUGGUUUAUGUAAGGAAGGCAUGGGUCCAGAUGAUCGAACUUCCACGUUCUGUGGGACGCCGGAGUUUUUGGCCCCUGAAGUUCUCACAGAUUCUUCGUACACACGUGCUGUAGAUUGGUGGGGCUUGGGUGUUCUCAUUUUCGAGAUGCUCGUCGGCGAAUGCCCCUUCCCUGGUGAAAGUGAAGAAGAAAUUUUUGACAGCAUUGUUAAUAAAAGCGUUUGCUACCCUAAUUAUUUGAGCAUGGAAGCUAAAUUAAUAAUGGGGCGCCUGCUUCGUCGGAAUGCUGCACAGCGUUUAGGAUCUUCAGCUCAAGAUGCAGAAGAAAUUAAAAGACAACCAUUCUUCCGUAAACUAGAUUUUCAAGCUCUCUUGGCGCAAAAAAUAAAACCACCAUUUGUUCCUGUUGUUUCUGGUCCUGAAGAUGUUUCAAAUUUCGAUGAAGAAUUCACCAGGGAAAAAGCAGUUCUUACACCAACUAAACAACGUCCGCCUCUUCUAGAUGCAGAUCAGUUAAAUUUCUCUAAUUUUGACUAUUAUUCACACUUAGUGUAAUUCCGUAAACGUUUAUCGUUUAUCCAUAUGUAUCUUUUUAGGAUAUGGUUACCGGGAUAGUGUAAAAAAAGUAUAUCUACAUGUUUGUUUUUUAUUUGUGACCCUAUUUCAUCCCUUAUCUAUCCUCUAUUUUAAACAUCCUUUUCUCAAUUGUUUGUUAGUGUCUUCCAUAGUUCAUUUACGGGUGCUUUUAAAACUUUUAAUAAAAAUAUAAAUAAACAUUUUAUCACUUUUUAAAUACAAAAGACUAACUUAUCAUUGACUAAACUGAAUACUUGGUAUCUUUUUCAAUCAUUCCUGUUUGUUAAUUAGUGCCUUUAUGUGAAGGCAGUAUUAUGUGAUUUCCAAUUUCACCAAAGUUGUAUUUUUGUUUCUUCCUUUAUUUAAUCUUAACUCUGAUUUUGCCUUGGGCUUUUUGUUUGAUUUCUAAAGCCAUUUUAUGUAUGUAUUACUGUCCAUAUGUUUGCUUUCAUUUUGCAACAAUAUUAUUUUAUUUGUUUCAACAGGAAUAUUUUAUCUCUAUAUGCGUAUAUUGCUUAUCUUUUUCUCUUCCUCUCUAUCUCUUUUGGUCAGAUUGCUAGUAGUAAUUAUGUUCUUUCUUGUUUGUACCGAACAAUUACAUGUUAGAUAGCUCCCAUUGUAUAAUUUUAAACGUGUGUUGUUUUUUUGUUCAGAGCAAUCAGAGUAAAUAACCAGUAUAUAUACUCAUUGAUAAACAUAAACAUCUGUAAAAAUGUUUUGGAAUUCUUAAAUGUACUUAUUGCAGUUUUUCCUCAUGUAUGUAUAUUCGUUUUUCAAAGGAUUGGGCAUACCCUUGAAAUGAUCGUUCAGUAGUUUUCGACUUCCAAACAUGUUCAAACUUCAGUUUCAAUAGCCAAAGUAUAUCAUUAGUCCUCG